AUGACAGUCUCUUCCACUGCUCAGCCUGUCAAGGCCUCUGUGUUAUCGGCGGCAGAUAUGCCCCAUCGAACCCUGAGCAAGUCGAUGACCUUUGCCAAUCUGGAUCAAUACCAAUAUUGGCACGCCGUCGGUCCAAUGCUGGGAAGGAUGCUCGCCGACGGCAACUACAGUAUCCAUAAACAAUAUGAAUACUUGUGUCUCUUCGCACAUGUCAUAAUCCCAAAGCUGGGACCAUUCCCGGGUGGAAGAGACGUAUACGAAUGCCUACUCGGCGGCACCGGCACCGUGGAGCUCAGUCAGAAUAUCCAGAGAUUGGGCCUGACUGCACGCGUUGCCUUCGAGCCCACAAGCUACAUUUCUAGCACUGGAGUCGACCCGCUAAACAGACACACGGUACACGCUACCCUGGCGGAGUUGAGGGCUAUCGGGUCUGCCAGCGUUGAUAUGGAGCUGCACCAAAUGCUCGUCAGCGAGCUGACCUUGACGGACCGCGAGGAAAGGCUCAUGUCUCCGGAACAAAUCUCGGGAACUCCGUGGAAGACACAAAUUCUGCUUGCCUUGGACUUGGGACAGACCGACAUCACCGUGAAGGAGUAUUUCUACCCUGCACUCAAAGGUUCCGUGAUAGGAAAAAGCGUGGCUGAGUUGUGCUUCUCUGCUAUUCGGAAAGUGGAUACGAAAGGAGUUUUCGAGUCCGCCAGCAAGGCUAUUGAGACCCAUAUGCAAAACCAGAGCCAGACCGACCUCUACUUUUUAUCCUGUGACCUCGUCGAUCCAGCAGAAACUAGGAUCAAGCUUUACCUGAUGGAACUAGACAUGAGGAUGGAAAAGGUUGAGGAACACUGGACAAUGGGAGGCAAGCUCGAUGACGAAGAGACAUUGCUUGGGCUGGAAAUGCUGCGAGAGCUGUGGAUAGAGUUUGGGAUUAUUGAAGGCAUGCGGAAUGAGCCAGAGCGGCCAUCGCUGCCUGGGGAUCCUGACACUAUUGUUCCCUUCAUUAUGAACUACGAGAUGAACCCCGGCCAGCCAUUGCCCAAGCCCAAGUUCUACUUCCCCUUGGUCGGCAUUUCCGAGCUGAAAGUCGCUAAUGUUCUCACUGCCUUUUUCGAGCGGUAUGAUAUGCCUGAGCAGGCCGCAGUCUAUCGAGAUAAUCUGCAGGGAUACUAG